CUGUAAUAAUAUUGGAAUUAAACAAUAAAAAUAAAUAAUAUGGUUAAUACACCCUAAUAAUGCCUUUACUUUUUAGUACAGAUCUAUGGUAUUUUAAUUAAUUUUGAGUUAAAUUGAACCGUGUCUACAAGUUUCUCGUCGUCAAUGGUUUGAUUUCCAUCUAUAUCUGAAUUACUGAAAUCAGAUUUUUGGCUUACGUUUAUUAAUUUUCAUAAGACAUUGCAUAGAAAUUACUUAUUUUCAUUGUCGUGAUCUAUUCUACAGGAAUAUAAAAAUGGAUGAUUGCAUGACAGAACUUUGUGAGAUUAUUCAUGGCUUGGGUGAAAGAUUACCACGCAAGGAUACAGUCCAAUUAAUUCAGUCUGUAUUAUUAAAACAAAUGAUAUUGUUAAUUAACCAACUUCAAAAAGCUGCAAUUUUACAUAAUAACCAGUAUAUAUCAGUCAAACAUGUACUAUAUGUUUUGAAAGAUCAUAAGGUCACACUUAUUCGAAUUCUAUCAUACUAUUAUUUAAAAGAUACUAUCAAAAAACUCAAUAAAUUAGGUAAUACUGAAAAAUCAGAGAAAAGAAAAAGAAAUAAAAAACUAGAACUUCUAGGUUUUUAUAAAGAUGAUACGGUUGAAAAUAUUACAAAUGUAGAAGACGAAUCAUUACAAAUAGACCCAGCUGCUGCCUUGGCCGCUAUUGAUUUUACUAAAAAAGAUGUAUCACCUGAAAGAAUAUAUUUUAAAUCUAUUUUUCAUAAGCUUAGGAACACAAUUGUGGAAUUGAAAUUAAAAAUUAAUAUAACUGAAGAAGAUAUAAAAAAAUCUAAUGAAUCACGCCUGAUGAGAGCUAAUGAUAUAUCAAUUUUACUAACUGCAAGAGCAUAUGAAGGUUUUGAAAUAUGUAGAAGAAAAAGUUUUCAUGGUCGAUUAGGAGACAAGUUAUUGUUUCACGUACUGAAAGCUAUCCCAUGGGAUAUUACUUUCAAUAGUCAAGUUAAAGAUAUCCUUAUGUUUUUAGCUAAAGAAACAAUUCAAUGUCUUAUUGAUCGUGUUUUUGAAAAUAGAAAAUGUAAAGACAGUUGUGAUGAAAAUAAUUUAGCUGACAUGAAGAAAACAAAAUAUAGAUCUAUUCUGGUUGAUGAAGUAAUAUCCGCCACUAAGUCUGUCUGGAAAAUUCCUUUAAAAGAAAUUCACUACCUCUACAAAGAAGAAGAUACUUUUUUUAAUGAGCAAUUGAUUUUUGAUUCAUAAAUAGUAUUAUACUAUGUAAAAAUUAGUCAUAAAAAAUUUAAAUAUAUAUUUUUGGUUAAAAAUAAUUAAUACCAUGUACAAAGUUUAAUUUUAAUUUUAUAAUUAAAAUGCAGUUUUGAUGUAUUUUGUAUUUUUCUUUUUAAAUUCAUUUUUAGCUUAUAAUUACUUAAUAUUUUCUUAGAUAUUAUUCAAUUUUAUAUUAUAAUUGCAUUAUUUAAAAGUUUUAAAAUCUUAAUAAUGUAUAUUUUUCUUCAAAUUUCUUUGAAAAAAAUGAAACAAUAUUAAAUUUAAUUAUAUUUCUGCCAUGUCUACUGUAAACACCCCUUAUUACUUUUGAAAUUAUAGUAAUAUAACAUAGUAAAAUAUUCAUUAAUAUCAUUUAUAUUUCAUAAACUAUUCUAAUUAAAAAAAAACACUAUCUUUUUUUAUUUGCAAUUCUUUUGGUUUUAAUAAUAAUACAAUAAUAAAGGUAAUACUAAUAUGUUUAUAUGUACAUACAUUUACCCAAAAAUUCUGGAAGGACUAAGACAUUUUGGGAAGCUGAAGCCUACCCAUGCCCCCUAGUUAUGCCUAUGAUCAUAUUAAUAUGAUACAUUAAAUAUUAAGUCAUAUUAUAGAUGAAAACUGAUUAUCUGUUCUUUUAAAUAAAGAAAAAUAAAUAUUAUCAUAUUUUUAGUUCUGAAGACUGAAGUUUCAUAUUCCAUUUCAAUUCUUUAUCUGGUAGAUUUAUGUUUGUAUUUUUAAUUUAAAAACAGUGGUAAGUAGAGACAGCUAUAAUGUGAUGUAUAAUUAAUAAUGUAAUUUUAUUGUGAAAUUAAUUUACUAAUCAUGUUGUGUUUUAAUUUAUUUAUUAUUUUUUAAGUAUUUAAUUAUAAGAUUGACUGAUUUACUUUAAUUUUUAUAUUUAUAAUUAUCAAUACAUGAACUAUAAUGAUUAUUAUUAUUCUUUAAAUUAUAAUUUUAGAUAUUAAAGUAGAUAUUCAAUAAGAUUGUGCUCUCCUUAUUUGUUUAUAUUAAACACAAUUAUACAUUUUAUUUGUUAACUAAGUAUUUUUUUGUACAAUGUAUUAUUUACACAUAAAAACAAUUCUUUAAAGAGGAUAUUGAAAUCAUUGUAAAUAAUGACCAGAAAUUAUAUACAUUGCCUGAGUUUUUCAAGCCAUGUGAAUAAUUAUAUAGACUAGACAUUGAAUACAAUGGCCAGACUAAUUAUGCCAAGUGGAAAAAAUUAAUAAUAAUAAAAAUAUUAGGUUUAAAUGUAA